ACUGUGGUGAGCCACUUCUUUCUGCAGGGUCUGAUGGACACAGCUGAACAUUCUAGCCUCUUCUUCCUCCUCUUCCUCCUCAUCUAUAGCAUAACCAUGACUGGGAACCUCCUUAUUCUCAUAACUGUGGGCUCUGACCUUCACCUCCGCUCCCCAAUGUACCACUUCCUGGGACACCUAUCCUUCCUGGAUGCAUGUCUGUCCACAGUGACAGUGCCCAAAGUCAUGGCAGGCCUGGUGACUCUGGAUGGGAAUGUGAUCUCCUUUGAGGGCUGUGCUGUACAGCUUUACUGCUUCCACUUCCUGGCCAGCACCGAGUGCUUUCUGUACACAGUCAUGGCCUAUGACCGCUACCUGGCCAUCUGUCAACCCCUGCACUACCAAGUGGCCAUGAACAGGCGGAUGUGUGCAGGGCUGGCUGGGAUCACUUGGGCCAUAGGUGCCGUGCAUUCUGCAAUCCAUACCUCCCUCACC